UUUCUUCUUCUCUCUCCAUAUUCAAGAAUACAGGUUUAGGGCUGCUCUAUUUCCGCCAUUGAUUCAGAGUUUGCGGGAAAAUACAGGUUACGACAUGGCAGGAGGAAACUUUCUUCACAGAGUCAUAUCUUAUGUCGCCAACGAGCUCAUAGUUAAUGGCCUUUCAAAUAGUCCUGCAUUUCAGAGGUUUGCUGUGAGAACAUCCAAAAGAAUACAAGAUGUUUCAAAUGCGGCUGCAAAGAAAAAAGAACAACUUGCUGAGCAGAUGAAGGAUAUAUCAAAAAACAUUGAGCAUUUCAAAGACAGGUGACUAUUGGCAUCCGCGAUUUUCAACAUUUUCUUCUGAGAAUAAUGAGAUAUUUUCAACAUCUUCAGAACAUGUUGCAUUACAAUUCCCAUGUUUCAAUUUGAUUUGUUUCCCAAUAUGAUAUCUUUUAGCUUGCUUAGGCUUCUUAGGGUAUUGUUUUGAUAAAUUUUGUUUCUUUGAAGUCAGUGUUAUUUGUUUCAAAUUGUUGUUUAACAUACAAUAAGGCUUUUUGGUGGGAAAAACCUUGAUGAUUGGAAUGGAUAUAGUUAUAUUUCAGGUU